CAAUCAGCGGGAAGCUAAAAUUUUACUAGGAUCCGAUCAAACUAGAUAACUGGCAAGUCGCCAACGCGUCUUUGUCGCCGAACUGUGCGAGGAUAGUGAAAAAUCGGUUUUGCAGCACAGCAAUUGUGCUAUUUUGGUCGACCAAUCAAAUAAAGGCAACUGACAGGUCUAGUUGAUGUUGGCAAGACAACGGGGUCAGUGUCGUCCUUGAUGGCUUGACAGGUGCGUGACAGUUCAGCUCUCAGCAUGUACGCCAAAGGGAAAGGUUCUACUGUCCCCUCGGAUGCUCAAGCAAGAGAAAAGCUUGCGCUUUACGUUUAUGAAUAUUUACUUCAUGUUGGGGCACAAAAAUCAGCACAGACAUUUUUAUCAGAAAUCAGAUGGGAAAAAAACAUAACAUUAGGUGAACCACCAGGGUUUCUUCAUUCAUGGUGGUGUGUAUUCUGGGAUUUAUAUUGUGCUGCUCCAGAGAGGAGAGAAACCUGUGAUCACAGUAGUGAAGCGAAAGCAUUUCACGAUUAUGGUUUUGUAAAUUCAGGGUACAGUGUAAAUGGCAUGGCACCAAAUGCAGCAGCACCAAGCCCAAUUGGUCAAAUGCCUCCACAAGAUGGCAUGCCAGGAGGUCCUAUGCCCCCAAGUUUUUUCCCUCCUCCCGCCUCCCAGCCAUCCCCCCACCCGCCACCUCACAAUCCUAUGAUGGGGCAGAACCAGCCAUUUAUGUCACCUAGAUAUCCUGGUGGUCCCAGAGUGCCCGUUCGCAUGCCCAAUCAGGUGGACUUUAACACAGGGCCUCCAGGACCAGGGGGUGGACAAAUGCCUAUGCCUAACAGCAUGGAUCCUCGGCCAGAUGAACUUCAUCAUGGAUUUCUAGGUCAUCCAGGAAUGGGUCCUAUGCAGAGAAUGAAUCACCCUGGUGGAAGGAUGCCAGGACCAAUGAAUCCUAUGUAUGAUUCCUUACAGAAUUAUGGUGUCAGGGGACCACCACCACCAAACUCUAGUAUGGGUCCUGGACCAGGACCAGGUGGAAUGCCUCCCUUAUCAAUGCCAGGUGGACCAGGACCACAAAAUAGAUGGCCUCCAAAUACAUCUUCUAUGAAUUGUGCUUCUCCAGCUAGCUAUAAUAUGAAUUGUGCAUCUCCAGCUAAUUAUAAUGAUUAUGUGCCACAGGGUCCCCCACCUUCAGGAGGACCCCCAGGCACUCCAAUUAUGGCUAGUCCUCAAGGUGAGAUGCGACGAACUCCAACUUCAUACAGUCCUGUUAUUCAUGAUUCAGGUGGAGGUGGUGAUCCAAUGUACAUGAUGAAACAAGGCCCACCAGGAAUGGGAGGAAUGCCAGGAUUUCCGAUGGGUGGUCCUGAUGGACCUAUGGGUCCGAUGGGGCCUGGUGACAUGCCCUCUGUUAUGAAUGGUAACUUAAUGAGUGAUAUGGAUGGUAUGAAAAAUUCACCUGCCAAUGGCCGUGGAACACCGCGAGAUGAUAUGCCACCUGUAAGCAGUGUUGGAGGAGACAUGGGACCUUAUGGACUAGGGGGAUAUCAGGACAGUGAGCAUAACGAGUCCGCGGCAAUCCUAAAGAUUAAGGAGUCGAUGCAGGAGGAAGCAAAACAGUUUGAAAAAGAGGAGCCCAAUGAAUUCUUCAUGCAAUCCUAGCAACUUUGUUAUUUAUUGACAUUUUAAGUAGUUAAAUUAAUUUAAAUUGACAACUUCAGAUUCUAUUUCAAGUUUUUGGACAGGAUAUGUAUUUUUUUUUUUAAAGACAAACACUUUAAUGAUUUAAAACAUAGACAACUAAAUGAUCAAAUUGCUUAGUAUUGUUGCAAGAAAACAAAUUUGGUGCCAUCUUAGUUAAACCUUCUUUUAAAUAAUAAAUACUGGCCAAAAUUGGACCAUCCACAGAUAGCAUUUUGACAAGGUUUCUUUUAUUAUGUUGCUAUGUCAGUAGUCUUUGCUUCACAUGCCUCAGUUUUUUUUUUUUCCCUAAGUUUUUCUUUUUUGCCUCGUAGUGUAAGCAUGUACUUUUUUAAUAGAAGUGAAGGACCAAAUGUUACAAUAUAUAAUUUUUUUUAUUUGCUAGAUCCCCUUUAACAGUUAAUAAUAUUGUCUAACAGCUUACUCUCACCACUAAGAACUGAAAGUUUUGACCUAAUAAUGAAACAGAAAGUUAGACUGGCUUGAAGUAGAUGCCUUCCCUGGUAUUGGACAUUUUCUCUUACAGAUUAGUUAUUUUGAAUAUAUUUGGUAAUCGUAAUAUUUUGAAAAGAUAAAUCCUGUGAGCUUUGGAGCAAAGAUGCUGCUUAUCAGUCAACAAUUACAAGGUGCACUUCCAUUGUAUAUAAUGUAACCUAUUUGCUAAUAAGAAGGUUUCACUAGGCCAUGUACCAUCAGGAUUGUUUGAAUGGAAAACAAAAAUCAAAAUUUUUCUUUUAUUACAUUGUUUUUAGUCUCUCAGAAUGCAAGAGAUUCCUAUCUGUAAAUGAAGGUACUGAGUCUUGCUGGAACAUAUAUAGCCAUUUGCUCAUGCUUUGUCCAUAUUUAUUUCUUCUCAAGAUUUCAAGACAUUUAUUGAAAUUAUUGUGUUAACUUAAUUUUGUUUUAAAGUUUUCCAGUUACAAAAAUUUCUCUCCCCACCCCUCACAUUAUUUUUCAAGCAUCAUUUUAAAUUUGCUUUCAUCUUUCUAGUCUUAUAAUUGUAGGCUUUAUUUAUUUCAUAUUGUCUAUGUAACUUUUUAAAACCUGAACUUGAAAGUACAUCAUCCAACAUCCAAUAUAUAAAACCUAAAGGACUAUCUGUACAUCUUUAUCAAUGUAGUGAAAUAAUCAUUUAUGCUUCAUUAACAGUAACAUUAACCUAUUUCAUUCACUUGUCAAAUCUCAUUUUUGGUUCUCAUUUUACCUGUCUACUGGUAUCAUCUCAAGUCUGCAUGAAAUUUUUUUUUUUAAUUAUUUUACUCACAUUUUGAGUUUUGUUUUUCUUGUAUACAAUCCAUAACUAAAUACAAUUGUUUUCAUCAUACUAUCAUUAAAUCAGCACUAUAUUUUUAACUGUAUAAAAACUUAAACCAAACCUAGUCCAAUUUGUUAUAUACACAUAUUUAUAUAUAUAUAUUUGACACAAGUUUACCCAAAGUUCAUAGUGGUAUCCAGUUAUCAAGAAAUAUCUUCAUUAACAUUAUUAAUUCAAUUUGCUUAAGUAAAACAUGGAAAAGGUUUCCUCAUAAGAUAGCUUUGCUGCAUUUGGCAUCUAUAUUCCUGACUUUUCCCAACUAAAAAAACAUUAAACUAUUAUCUAGAAAUAUAUAUAUAUAUAUUUUAGCAAAUAUUAAAUUGUUUUUAAAUUCCUGUAUGGUAAAACAUUUUUAACUUUUAUGUCUGGUUUCACUGCUUAACACACCUGUGCUGAAAGGGUUUUAACUUAGCUCAUUUCAAAUUAAAAUGUCAAUGCACAACAUUUGCACUGAUGUCUAUUUUUUCUUCUUUUUUUUUUUUUUUUUUUUUUUUAUUGUGCUCAGUGGUGUAGAGCUACUCAACUAGUUACCUGGGAUUGGGAUAGCAAUUUUUGUUUGUCUUCAGUUUGUGGGUGCUGACCACUUUUUUCCUUGGUUGUUUAGCUUCUUAUGUGCGCUUGACUCCUCCACUCUUUCAUUGUUUCACCAUUUUCUCAAUAGCAAAGCAACGUUUUAGUAUUUAUUAAUUCUAAGCUUAAUAUGGAAUUGUGUAUAAAUACAUUAAUCUACAUGUUUUUAUACAUGAUAGUUUUUAGAGAAAAACAAGUAUUAAAAAUAAUGUUUGCAAUUGUGGCAAUAUUUAUUUCCAAUAUUAAAAUGGUGAUAAUAGAGAGUGAUUGAGCCUACUGGUGUUGUUGAUGUUAGUGACUACAUUUGAUCUGCUAGUCAUCUUCAUUGUUGUCAGUGACUUUCUUUUGGUCUGCUAGUCUUUUUCUUUAUUGUUGUCAUAAUGUUGGUAGAAGUACCCACACCGCCAGGUUCAAGUUUUAACAUGUGUAUUUAAAUUCUCAUUAGCUGAUCAAUGUUUUUGCUCUUUACUGCAUUGUUAAAAUUCAAUCUUGAGAAAAUGUAGACCUUUAAAGUAAAAAAAAAAAAAGAAAUUAAUAAAUCUUAAUGUAGUGUAUUGUCCAAUAUUUCAGAAGUGCAACGUGGAUUGGCUAUCUUAGUCAAGUGAUGAUCAGCCAUCUUUCUUGCUGUCACCAUUGUACUAUUAUUUGAAGAUGGUUUGUUGAUUGGCCAAGGUUGGCUAGUCAGGUCUACUUUACUUUUGUAAACUCCACGGUUAGCUGACUUCAGCAACUAUUGUCAUUGUUGAUGACUUUGUUUUCAUGACUUAUUUAAGAUGUUUUGCUUUGUGCUCACUUAAGAGUUGGCCUACCAAGGAUAAAAAUGUCUAUCCCAGUUCUAUAUAAAAAAAAUAUAAAAAAAAAAAAAUAAGCAGUGUACCCAGAUAUAAAUUUAUUUUUUUUUAAUUAUACAAUGUAAAUUUUUUUUUUUGUGGCAGUUAUUUCUGUUAGGUUGAGCCCCAUUAUAUUAGAAUGAUAGUCUAAAUGGAUGAUGAUGUGUGUAUGUAUUGUGGUGUAUAAAAGCUAGUAUCAGAUGUAUAUUUGUUUGUUUGUAUGUACAUGUUUGUGUUAUAUAUAUAUAUAUAUAUAUAUAUAUAUAUAUAUAUAUAUAUAUAUAUAUAUAUAUAUAUAUAUAUAUAUAUAUAGUAUAUGAAAAUUUGUCAAAUGUUAAUUACACAAAAAUAAUUAUUAGUUCUAUUAGUUUUGUUCAACAAACUCUUUGUAUCAUGUACUAAAUGUAAUUGUUUGUAAUUUUCAUCAAACUAUUGUUAGUGUGUUGGGAGUGUGUGAACUCAAAAGGUUGCGAGUCUUUCAUUAAAACAAUCUUUAAGUUUUGGUCUUAUUUACAAUGACAAUACUUAUUGUUAGAGCUUGGCAGUUAAUGUAGUAAGAUGACAUUGUUGUUUUCUUUCAUCAGUAUGGUUAGACAGCUAGAGUCAAGAAGUCAAACUGUAAAGAAAUCUCACAAAAUAUUAUUCUAGAAUUUUUUAUUAUUUAUUUCAAAAUAUAUAAAAUAGUUGUACCAUUAUAAAUAGUUUCAAUGUUGUUUCUACAAUGACUUGGUAUUUGCAUUUGUACAUAAAUGAAUCACUUUGUUCUGUUUUCUUUGGAAGGGAAACUACAGCACUCUUUUGAAUACAGUAACAUAAGGAUUACCAAAUGAGACUUAAGGUAUCAGUUUAAAUGCUGCAUUGCUUUUACAGACUAAACAUUCUAAAAUAAUAGAUAAAACAUUUUUUACUAUUUCUAAUAUAUUUUCCCCUGGAUAAUAGAUAAAACAUUUUAUACCAUUUCUAGAAUUUCUUUUCACUGUGUCUUGUAUUCUGAUUAAAAAAUCUGCAGCUUGUUUUUUUUUUUUUAUGGCUGUGAUUUGGACACAUUUUAGUACCACAACCCAUCAUGGUUCUUUUAUUUCUGUAUUCAGCUUCCAUUAUCACAUAUGUGAUGACAUCUAGACAAAAUAUAGUCUACUUCUAAAAAUUUUUCCUUUUCAUUUUUCUUUUCUCAACAGUGUAUUGAUAAUUUUGUGUACUAUCAAUUCUCCAAAGCAGUGAUGCCCAAAAUACGGCCCGCGGGCCGGGGGGACAAGCUUUUACCCGGCCCGCCUCACUUUUUCUCUGAUGGAUUGGUACCACGACCUUUAACAUUCUUUGCUUUUAUGAAAAGGGAAUUAAGAAUCUACCAGAACCAUUGAACGGAUUUUUACUUUUUAUUUGUGAAACAUUAUAAUAAGUCACAAUAUUUUUUUUUUGAAGAGAUCUGGCUGUUUCAAAAAUACAACAUAUAGAUCUAGAAACAACAUUAUAAAAAUAAAUAUGGGGGCAUUUUUGGUUUGAGCCUCGAACAAAAGAUAUUUAAACUACGCCUAGAGAUUGGAGGAUCCAUGGGAAUAUUUACCAAAAAGAGACGAGAAAAUGGAUUAGAGGUAAACCUAGCUACACUGUUGCUCACAAUUUAAACAAAAACGAAGCCAUUUUCCGAAUAAAAACUAGAUUAAAGAUAAACCUCAAAUAUCAAUGUUAUCAAUCUAAGUACUAGAUCCACGGGUUUCAAUUAAAACAGUUUCAGGUCGAUUUCUUUUUUUUUUUUUUUUUUUUUUACCUUUUUUUGAUCAUGUGGCCCGCGACACGAGUGUCGGAAGUUAAAAUGGCCCGCAGGUCGAAUUAGGAUGGGCAUCACUGCUCCAAAGUAUCUGUGCCUUGUGUUUUCAUUAGGAAUUUAAGAUUACUUCUUUCUUUUUAGCUGGAUUUCAUAAAACAUUUGAGAUUUAAAGUUGCUGGGGGGGGGGGGGGGGGUAUUUUCGAAAAUAGUAUCCUUAGUCUGAUGAUCUGGUAGUCCUGCAAAUCAUUUUGUUUUGCCUGUAAGCUGAGAAAAAAACUUCUUAUUUGUGGUAGGUUACUUAUUUAUGGUAACUUAUAGUAAAAUGCUUUGUUUUAAGAAUGCAUGUGCUUGUCACCUUGUCUUUAAGGUGUGAAUUAGUCUCAAUGAAAAAAGUUUUUUUUUUGUUUCCUACUACUGUACAAAAACAGAUCACAUGCUUUUGAGGCCAUAACCUGGUUUUAUCAAGUAUAUUGGGUGCCCUUGUCAGUCUUUAUUUAGUAUCACUUGCCACAUUGAACUUAGGCUUGUUUGCUCAUACUUUUUUUUUUUUUUGCCUAACUUGCCGAUAAAAUGAAUGUUGUUAUCCCCCUUCCUGUCUCAGUGGGUUCUUGCUGCGAUCCAACACGCUUGUUAGACUGUUCAGUUUUUUUUUUGUUUGUUUUGUUCUUGUAAAGCAGAUGGUAGGUAGUUAUGAAAAAAAAACAAACGUGAAUAAAAACAUUUAUUUUUUUUCUGUUUUUCCUCAAUGCUACCCUCAAUCCAGUACAAUACUUUCAAUAAAAGUACACACACACACACACGGCUGCUUCUCUUCAAUUGUCAUUAUGAAUAUUACAUUGGUCAUGUACAGAGAGAUAUGCUUGAAAUGAUCCCUUGUUUGUCAAAUGUUGGACAUGUCAGCUGGCUCUUUUGACAUGUUGUAUUGUUGGUCAUAUUUUGUUUUCUCUUUGCCAAGGAACAUGGCGGUUUAUUUUUGUACAUGUUGCCAUGGUUCUAUGUUGUUGUAUUUUUGGUCUUGAAUGCGAUAUGGCAUCACUGUUUUUAUUCAUUGUGAAUUGCCAAGUCAUAAUGUAUGUUUGUCAACUGCUAUGUACACUGACAUGUCAUACUUAUUUGGCAUAUUAGUGAUGUAUCACAAUAUCAUUCAGUUGAUUUCCUGGACAUUCUCCUGAUAUAACCACAUUGAUCAUCAGAAAACAACAUGAAGACAUUAUAUUAUACAAUACAUAUAUAUAAAAUAUAUAUAUUCAUUUCAUUAAAAACAACAAAAAAUCAUCCAAUAUCAUUUUUUUUUAUUUAUUGUUAUAAUUCCCAUCGUGUUUUCAUAAGAUUUUUUUAAUAUGCUCUUGGGAUUCGGUAAAUUUAAAUGACUUGUUAAUAUAAUUUAUUUUUUUUUCAUAUCUGUAUAUCACCUCAUUGAUUAUUAAUGUACAUUACAUAUUUUUAAUGGUUUUGUCUUGCUAUUUUCAUCAUUAAUAUUUUUGUGAAAUAACUUUUGUUUCUGUACAUACAUGUUUUGUCAUUGUUAGUUGUUUUGUGUUUUGUUUGUUCCUGUUUAUGUAAAUAUGUGUAUGUUGGUUCCUUGUGAUGUAACUGGGAGUGUCGGAGCCCUCUUUGACUUGUUUAUAUUGUCAAAUAGAUCAUAAAAAGAAUAGUCUUGUACAAGAAAUUCUUUUUUUUUUGUUGUUUAAGUUAUUAUUUAGUUUUUAUCUACAAAUAGAAAGUUUUUUUUUCCCCAAAUAAAAGAAUCAAAAUGUUCGUUGCAGUGUGUGAAUGUUAGCAUGUGUAUAUAGUAUUAAGAUGUGAAUGGGGAGUCGUGUAUGUGUGUGGUUCUAAAGUGAGUAUCAUGUGAGUAAAAAAACGUAUGGAAUGAAUGAAUGGAGAAAAUACAAGAGCUCUCUCUCGUAGAUAAAUACUAUUAUGAAGACAAACACCAGAGCCAAGCGGUUGCUGCUGCUGUAUUGAAACUUUGAAAUGUUCUGCAUGUGCUAUGAAUGUACUGGCAAAUGUCUUAAUGUGUUGUAUGAAACUAUUGUAGCCUACUUUUAUUGUUUAAUUUUAUGUAGUUUCAGAGGGCUCAAAUAAAAUAUUGUCUAAUGUUGA